UUAAUAAGAUUAUUCAAAAUUUUAGUUUAUUUGGUCAGAAUUAAAACAUAAAAAAUGAUACGUUUACUCCUUAUAACGUGUAUGUCAAGCGUACUGAGAAAUUCUUACAGCACCACAUUCACGACAGCAACUUCUACAAUGGCAAUGCGAGCGCUGGACUUUGAGGUGCAUGGUCGGGUUCAAGGAGUAUUUUUUAGAAAGUAUACGAAGCAAGAGGCUGAGAAACUGGGUCUUCGCGGCUGGUGCAUGAACACAUCCAAAGGGACUGUGCUGGGUCACAUGCAGGGGCCCUCGGAAAAGGUGGAGAACAUGAUGCAAUGGUUGAAGACUAAGGGAAGCCCCAGCAGCCAAAUAGACAAGGCAGAGUUCCGUAACAUGAAGGAUAUUACAGAGUUCACCUUCGAAAACUUCGAUAUAAGGAAGGAUUAGACAUCUCAAUAUCCCACUUCAAUUAACUAUUUAUUCUCAUGUUAUUGUAAGUAUUUAUUCUUAUGUUAAUAUAAACAACCCUUGUGAUAUUGUAUUCAUAAAAUGCCACCUAGUAUUACUAUAAAGAAGAUUCUCUCGGUGUAAAUAAAGCGUUUUGAAAUAUUCAUCAUCGCUUUCAAGGCAACUUGCAACUGCUACAAAUUGUUCUUUGAAUUAAAAUAUACGGUCAACAAAACUCGGAAGUUGAAGAAGAAAAAAUAAUUUGUUAACCAACAGUUGUUGAUUGCUUUUCAAAUCCGACUUAAAACGUGUUUUGCCUAAAUUCCUCCAAUAUAAAAAGUUAAGGAUCAAA